AAGUCUUAAGGACAAGUAGAAUAUGAAUCUUUUGACCGCACAACAUCACAGCCAGAGCAGUUGAAAAGUACGCGUCACCAUAUAGUUUGCAGGAAUAAGUAUUCAACUUUGUGUAAAGAAGACAUGGAGCAUCACGUCUUAAGCAUUCUUCAGGAUGCAGGCAUCGAGGUGGAUUUGAAAACUCUUCAGAAUCCGACGGAGGAGUUCAUGAUAGACUUGGUGAUGGAAUACCUAAAACGAUUCCAUUUUGACAGCGACAAAAUUGCUAAGCCAACACCAGAACAACUUGAUUGUCUUUCUUGCGAAGAAUCAGCUGCGGAUGCUAUCAAAGCUAUUAAUUUAUACGCAGCGUUAUCGACGAUCUGCGAGGGAAUAUUUUUAAAAGAUCUCACUCUCACAGAUCUCACAAGCCCAGCAGGAUGCAAAAAGACGUGUAAACGCAUACAAGUGCUGUUUAAUUUUUUGAUUUAUGUAAGAAACAAAAAGAUGGAGAAGGAGCCACUUCUUUUAGAACUGGAAAAUCGAUAUCAAGAAAUUGAAAAUUUUAUAGAACAAAAGGCAGAAUUGAUUAUAAAAACUGGUGCUGUAAUCCACGACAGAGAAACAAAAUUAGUAAAGAAAGAACAGUUAAAAACAGUAAUAGCUGAACUGCAGUUACAGAUGGAACAAGAGAAUCAAAUAUCUAUUAAUUUACAAAAACAAGUAGACGAAUUAUCUGCCAAGCAACAGGCUGAUCUUGCUAAAUACAGCGCUUUAAAAAUAAAAGUUCAAGAGUUGGUGAAGAAAACCAAAGAACUGAAAGGUAAAGUUGUUAACUCUCCAGAAGAGUAUAUGACGCGAUCAAAACAAUUAAAAAAGAUAUUAGAAGAAAAAAUGGAAGAAAGGCAAUUAUUGAAUGAUAACAUCAACCGCAAGAAAAAACAAAUAGAAAAUAAUGAAACCGCCGAUGCAAUGAUAAAAAAAUAUGGUAAUACUGAAACAAGUAAAGUAGGAGAAAUCGUGCGGAAAUUAAAAGACACAGUUGCGCAAAUAAGUUCGACCAAGAGUCAGAUCGAUCAAUUGAGAAAAGAAAUUUCUUUUUUGGAUAGCAGACCAAGAGCCUCAAAGAGUGCAGACUCUGAUCUUUCUGAAACAAUAGAGCUUGACAAUAGUCAGAAAGUUCUAUCUGAGCUGCACAAUUCUCUUGGACAGAAACAACGAGAACGUGAUUCGUUGAAAGCAAAGUUGGAAACUUUGCAGUCAAAACGGCAACAUUUGGAAAGCGAACUUCAAAUGGAAAAUAAAAAAAUCUUAGAAUGUCACAGCCAAUAUGAGGACCUACUUAAAAAUUUCAAAGCUUUGUAUCAGAAGGAAAUACAAGAGGAAAUAAAUUUGCGCAAAGAUAUUAUUCAACUAGAAAAAAUGGAGCCAGAGAAUUUGCAAAGUGUCCUGCAGGAAGCAGGUAUCCAAGUAGAUAUGAGAAAUCUUCAAAACCCAACAGAAGAUUUUAUGGUGUAUCUUAUAACAGAGUAUUUAAAAAAGUUUGAUUUCGAUAGCAAUGAAAUAUCCAAGUCGACAAUUGAUCAGCUGGAAUGUCUUUCUUGUCCUGAUUCAGCUUCAGAUGCAAUUAAAGCUAUAAAUUUAUACUCAGCUUUAUCUUCUGUUUGUAAUGAAAUAUUUUUAAAAGAUUUGUGUCUUACAGAUAUUACAAGUCCAGGUCCUAAGAGAGCACGUAGACAGAUAAAAAUUUUAUUCAACUUUUUUGCUUAUGUAAGGAACAAGAUGACAGAAAAUGAAAUGGCUUUUGUAGAACUUGAUAAUCAACAAAAAGAUAUGGAGAAAAUGAUAGACAAAAAGCAUGCUAUUGUAGCCAAGACGGGGGCAACAAUCAAUGACCGAGAAAAUAAAUUAGAAUUAAAACAGCAAUUGCAACUAGAAAUAGACAAGAUCCGUUUAGAAAUGGAGGAAAAUAACAUAAGGUCUAUUGAGUUGGAAAAACAAGUGAAAAACGUUAUGAUUCAACAUCAAAGUGUUUAUGAACAGUGCUGUAAUCUCAAAGCUAAAGGAAUGAAGUUACAUAAAGAAACAACCGAUUUGCAAGCCAAAAUUGUCAAGUCUCCAGAAGAGUAUGCAGCACGUUCAAAAGAAUUAAAAAAAGUGUUGGAAAUAAAAAAAGAAGAGAGACAGGUUUUAAAUGAUUCGAUUACACGAAAAAAAUUACAGAUUAAAAAUAAUGAGAAUGCUCAAGAGCUAGUAAAAGAUUUGAAUGAUAAAUUUUCAGUAAAUAAAAGUGAAACUUAUAAACAGUUAAAAGAAACUUCGGAAAAGUUGGAAUACGUUCAGAAGGAAUUGAAUCUAUUAAAAGCAGAGAUUGCUAAAUGGUCUAAAUUGGAUACAAAUUCAUCUUGCAAUAAUUCAAAAGAUGAAGAUCAAAAAGGACACGAACAGCUGUUAUUUGAGUUAGAGAAUCAGUACAAAGAUAAAGAAAAAGAGAUGCGUACUCAAAAAAAUAUUUUAGAAGAAAUGAAAGCAGAUCUUACCAAAAGAAAAUCAAUGCUAGAAGAUGAAUUAACAAUUGUUUCAGCAGUUCUAAAUGAUAAUGCACAUAUUGUAAAACAAUAUACUGAACAUUUUCAAAAUGCGUUAUCAGAGGAAACAACGCUACGGGAAGUAAUACAUAACACUAUUUUUAAAAAUGGCAACAAAAGUUUGGGACUUUAUUAGAGUUUACAGAAUUUAAAAUUUGACUAUACAAUACAUAUUCAGUAUGUAGGCUGUCAUUAGAUUUUAUAACUUGACUAAUGAUAUGUAAAAUACAAAUGAGUAAGUAUAUGACAAAAUAGUAACGCAGUACCUCACAGAAGAUGUGGCGUUAUGAUGUUUGUUAUCGUUGUAAGAUUAUUUUUAAUAAACAUAGUUGGUGGUUGUAAAUAUCUUGAGACAACUUAUCUAUGCAUUAUAUAUUUAUCUAAAAAACUAAAAAAUAAAUUUUUUACAAGAUCAAA